ACCGAACACAAUACACAACCACGAACUCACCGAACGCUUCAGAUGUGAUCGGUCAGGUUUAGGUUUAGGUUUAGGUUACAAAACGCGCUUCAAAUCAAUCGAUGGGUUUACUGACACUGUGAAUCCUGACAGAAGACUCGGUUCACUCGGUUGAUUAAUUAGACAGAUAAAAGUUAAUUAAUUAAUAGACUGUGUGACCGUAGAGACCGAAACGGCGCUCGUGAGAGGCGAGGAGCGCGUCCUCUUUCUUCAGGAUUAUUAUUACUAACAACAACUUAAUUGUCACUGUGCACAUAAGAUAUAUAUUAUAUUUGUAUGCAGAUGGAAGAAUCAUGACAUAUCUUAUCUUUCGUAGAUACACACACAAUAUAUUUUGUACACACAGUGUUUUAUAUAUAUGUGCGCUCGUCGACUCGUCCUCGUCGUCAUUUUGACAACAGUAAUGCAGUAGCGUCAAAUAGUUGGUGAAAGAGACCCUUUAUUUGUGAAAAGUUUGCAAGACCAGUUUGGAUCAGUCUGAAAAAUGACAAACACGUUUCUGUAUUUCGCUUAUGGGAGUAAUUUAUGCGCCAAGAGGAUACAUUUAUGUAAUCCGACCGCAAUAAUGAAAGACAUCGGUUACAUAAAGAAUUUUAGGCUGGAUUUUUACAGAUAUUCUAAACGAUGGCAUGGAACAUCUGCCACAAUUGUAGAAACAGAACAUUCAGUAGUGUGGGGUGUAGUCUGGGAAUUAGACAAGUGCAAUUUAGCUACAUUAGACUGUCAAGAAGGUGUUCAAGAUAAUAUAUAUCAUGCAAUGUCAGUAAAUGUUGAAACUCCUGGUGGUAGAACUCUAAAUUGUCGAGUGUACCAGCAAUGUAAUAAUCCAAAGGAAUAUAUAAAGCCAGAAGACCUUCCAAUGGAUAAGAGACCUUCACCAUUAUACCUAAAUACAAUAUUAAAAGGAGCCAAAGAAAACAAACUUCCCACUGAUUAUAUAAAAUUCUUGAAAACCAUUCCAGAUAAUGGAUAUAAAGAAUAUGACAUGAGCUUUUCUCUGCUUUAAAAUUGACAUCUACAACAUAUUUAUUGUAUGAAUAUUUUUGAUAAUACGGAUGGAGGACCACA